GCGCGCACGUCACGAAUCCGCAGCGACUGAAAGAUGCUGAGAGGCCGCUUAGAAGAAAGGGUCAUUUAAUCUCUUCGUAUAUACCCUUCUUUCUAUACAUGCUGAGAAAACAGAGGAGAAUGCCCACGGAUGAGCCGCCUGCAGCUGCACGGGGAACGUCAACAUGAUUUGUAAGCGUCUUUUAACGCUUUGAACACAUCAGGCGCUUUCUGGAUCACAGGGUUUACAGCAGCGCGACUCCGAGGCAGUACACAGCCCUGAUGCCAAACACAGAUUCUCACUGCUGGAUUUAGAGGAAGAGCUCAGGGCAGCACAGAACGAGGAUGAGUGGAGGACAGGAGCAGUCUGACAUCCUGUCUGCCGCUGCGCUGGUCAGGGAGCGAUGGAAAGUGUUAAAGAAAAUUGGUGGUGGGGGCUUCGGGGAGAUCUACGAGGCACUGGACCUGCAAACCAAGUACAGUGUAGCGCUGAAGGUGGAGUCGGCCCAGCAGCCCAAGCAGGUGCUCAAGAUGGAGGUGGCUGUGCUGAAGAAAUUGCAGGGUAAGGACCAUGUGUGCCGCUUUGUGGGAUGUGGGCGCAAUGACCGCUUCAACUAUGUUGUCAUGGAGUUACAGGGUUGUAAUUUGGCGGAUUUGAGGAGAAGUACAAACCGUGGGACGUUCACUGUCAGCACCACGCUCAGACUUGGCCGGCAGAUACUGAAGGCUAUUGAGAGCAUCCACUCGGUUGGCUUCCUGCACCGCGACAUCAAACCGUCCAACUUUGCCAUGGGACGCUUUCCCUGCACUCGUCGGAUUUGCUACAUGCUGGAUUUCGGUUUGGCACGCCAGUUCACAAAUUCAUCCCAGGAAGUCAGACCACCUCGUCGUGUGGCAGGGUUCAGGGGAACGGUACGAUAUGCUUCAGUCAAUGCUCACAAGAACAAGGAAAUGGGCAGGCAUGAUGACUUGUGGUCUCUGUUCUACAUGGUGGUGGAGUUCUUGGUUGGUCAGCUGCCUUGGAGGAAGAUCAAGGACAAGGAGCAAGUGGGGAAGCUGAAGGAAGCGUAUGACCAUCGCCUCAUGCUGAAGCAUUUACCCUCAGAGUUCAGCAUCUUUCUGGACCACAUUAGCAGCUUGGACUACUAUACAAAACCCGACUAUCAGCUUUUAAUGACCGUUUUUGAGAACAGUAUGAAAACCUAUAAUGUGGUGGAAAACGAUCCAUAUGACUGGGAAAGGACGAGUACAGAUGGUGCUCUUAAUACACCUACAGCUGCCAACGUGCCUCAGCAUCACACGCGCCUCACGCCAGCCUACAUGGGGAUGGCCAAUGCCUCUGUGGUGCUUGGAGACCUUCUGAAGGAGAACACUGAUGAAGUCCUGCAGGACGAGCAGCUCAGUGAUGGAGACAACAAUGCUGGGCCAGAACGCCAGCCUGACUCUCCUGUCCUCCCCAUGAGGGACCCUGAAGCUGAUGGUUGGGAGGAUCUGGACCGCAACAGCAACCUUAUCCGCUUCCCGGGCUGGAAGGGCCCCACUGAGCAGGAACACAGUAACAAGGGCAACCCGAGCCCUCAGGCUGGCCCCAGCCUUGGUUCUCCUGUGUGCUUACGCUCUGAAGUGGUGCCCUCAGACAGAGAUGCUCCUCUCCUGAGAAAACUGCGCAAUAUCCACAGCUUUGAGCUGGACAAGAGACGAACCUUGGAGCCCAAACCAAACACCGAGCGCUUUGUGGAAGCAUGUGCGGGGAAACAGACGCCUGGUUCAGCACAGGACCAGGAAGGUAAUAUUGUUGCUCUGCCGGCUGCUGCCUCAGUUCGUGUGUGGCACUAUGAUGAAGAGUUCCUCUCAGGAGAUGCGUCACCUAAACUGGCCUCUCCAGGCUCUCUGGAGCUUUGUGAUGGAGCAGCCAGUAGUGGUUUUGUAGCACUAAAUCUGAGCACAGACCAGCAGGAUGUGGACUUGCAUGACUGGGUGAUGGUGGAACAUGUCUCUGACCAGCAGGACAUCCAAGGGGCUCCUAGUAGCAGCCCAGGACCUGAGGCCAAACUGAUCAGCAUCCCUUCAGAGGAACCAGAGGUGGUGCAGCCAAUGGAUGAGUCUCCUGAUAAGGAAAGGGCCACCCCAAGCCCCUCCCACGGGCACACUCUGGCCACACUCAGAGUGCAGAAGCUUGAACUGAGUAUGGUGCCAACAACAGGUCUGCUCCCCAUUACACCCACCAGUCCUGCUGAAGCACUGGCAGAGGGAGCACUCACACAGCUCCCCACCUCUCCUGUGUCUCUACCCGAGGAAGUGGUGGUCCGGAAGCUCCUGCGCUCUCCCAGUCCUCAUGCCUUCCUGAGCACAUUGUCAGAUCCCCUGCACCAACGCUCUCCACCCACUAUCCGCCGUAGCCAGUCUGCAGAACACCAUAACCAGCACCGCUCUUCCUGCUCCUCCACCUCCCAGCCCCGCAUCACUCACAGGAAGCUGCCAGCUAUUCCACCAGGCGCCUCCAACACCAAGAUCCCUUCAGUCAUACGCAUCACACGCGCUCAGCUGCAGCAGUUGACAGCUCGGCAUCCAUCUGCGUUCUCUUCCCAGUCAGUGUCUGACAGUGUGCCACAGUGCCCCCUACUGGAGAAUCUUAACACUGGUGAGAAAGAAACGCUGGCACAGGAUCUCACAGUGGACAUCCACUCUCCUCAGGAGCAGCCUCAGUCCCUGCGCUCUAGUCCCUCCAGUGCUGAUGCAGAAAGUCCGAUAAAUAGGAAUGGAAAUCCACAAACGCCGAGCCCAGUGCCAAGCCCUGAAAACCAACCCCAUAAUGUCUGCAGUCCAGUGCUGAAUACCAGCCAUGCUGAUGCUACAGCAGAUGCUCAGAAGGUGGUACUGUCUGAGCUGAAAGACACCAAGAGAGACUCUGAUGCCUCCACAGAGCCUGAUCAGCACCCUCCACCGACGAACAAUGGAACAUCCUCUACUGAAAGUACUAAUCACGCUCUGUCCUCUCCAACUCCCGUCCCGUCUCGGGAUCCCAGUCACCGGCUGAGCCGCAUCCCUGUCCUCGAGCCCUCCAGUUUGCUGCAGGAUGUUCCUCCAGGCUCAGCUAAAGAGAAACUGCUGCAGAAACGAGGCCAGCGCCUCUCCACCUCUCCCUGCGCCUCACCGUGUGCCUCACCUUCACUUUCUUCAGUCCAGCGCGACCGCCUAUCCUCCACUUCAACCUCUGAACGCUCACAGGAUGAGGAGUCCAUACAUGGACUGAGACAGGGUGAUGACGCCCCCUCGCUGUCCUCCUCCUCUAGCCCACAUUCACAUAAGAGCAAAAUCCCCAGACCCGUAAGCCGCUCUUCUGUACAGGGGGAAUUUGCAGCCCAGUUUGUGCCUCGGCCACCUCCUGGCAAACCACCCAGCCGUACGUCUGCAGAUGGCAGGCUGAGGCGUUAUCGGAUACGCGCGGGCAGCGCAGGUGACUCGGAACUGAUGACGUGCCUGGCUCAACUGAUGCGAGGUGGAACCAGCCGCUCCUCAUCACUGCAUUCCCGCAGCUCGCCUCAGCAUGUGGGCACCAGGCUUGUGUGUAUCAACCAGUCAGGUAUCUCGCAUCACCACCACCAUCACCAGCGCAGCUCCAGUGCUUCCCCCCGCAGCUGCUCCUCACUGCAGCGCUCCAUCAGCUCCUCACCCUCCCGUCACGAGCACCGUGUUGGAUGCCUGCGCAGCCACUCACCCCCCAGCUUCUCGGGGUCUCCGCCUUUGCGCCGUGCACAUUCUCAUGCACAGGAGGGCAGCUGUAGCCACAAGACCCGCACCAAAGCUUGCAGUCGGGAGUCCAAGUGCUCCAGCAAGCUGAGCAGAUAGUUUUCCCACUACACAUAUGUACACACUUUAGUACACUCGCGUAAAUCACAAGCAGACCAGCAGGGGAGGAAAAGGCUUGCAAGAUUCUUGUUUUUAUGCUUGACUUGUAACAAUAUAUAUUCUCCAUAUAGUAUCCAGUCUUACUACUACAUCUCAACAGUAUUCUCUUUCUUAAUUUUGCACUUACUUCCUGCCACACAUUUGAGUCCGAUGAUAAGAGAUCGGUUCUCUGACCUACGUUCUCUCUUUAUUCUCAAAUUAUUCUAAGGACAAUGAGUGUAAUGCCUGGAGGAUUUUUUUUUUUUAAAUGUAGCAUCAUUUUUGUUUUGUUUUUUGUUUUUUUUUCAGGUGAGUUGUAGGAUUAGUAUUUUUGAUUGGUUUUGACUCAAAGGAAAAUCAUGCAGCUAGAGCACUGAUAUAAUUCAUCCAACACUAGAUGCAUGAGUUUGUGUAUUUGCAUCAAGAUCUGUAAACCUGUAAUAUAGUAUUUAUUGAACUAUGUACUUGGGCUCGAAUGCAUAUUGCACCUUUCGAAUCCGUGCAGUGGCAGGUACACUGGCAGAUCGCUGAUGUUAUAUAUAGUAGCUCAAUGCCAUUGUUUUUAUCUUUUCUGUCUGUGCUGUUUUCAGCCCUCAUUCAAGCUAAGGCAGGUUGUAUCUUUUGAGGCUGCAGAAACAUUUGCAGUGUGUUAAUGUGAGGACUAGCGUUUCCUUUCACAAGAAACGCUAAAGCAAUCACUGAGAUUUUUUUUUAAGCCCUUUGCUGUGUGCUGAAGGAGAUGCUACUUCAAAUUAUUGGAGAUCAAGGUACAAGCCUUCACGGCUUUUUUUUUUUUAAGCUACGGAGCUCAUGCUGCUCUUUUAAAGGCACAUGCUUGCACACAGACAGAUAUACAGCAGAUAUACACACUUGUGCAUGGCACACUCAUGUUGGUAUUAAAACACUUUGGUUGAUGUGUCACUCAUCUGAUCUUUGCUGAUUGAUCACUGUAUCCAAAAGGUUCUCUGCUCUGCAGGCUGAAUAAGCUUCAAAGAAGGUUCAAAGGGAAUGUUUUAUACAUCAUAUUGUACAGAACUAAGAAUACAUUUAUUUAUUCACGUUAAGGGCAGUGUGGAAAAGAGGUUUACACACAAUUCAGUGGUGUGAUGAACUUAUUCUAGCUAAAUUGUUAGAAUUACCCAAGUUGAAAACAAAACCAAUGAUUGACAAUUAGAGAUUAACAAAAACAAAACUCAAUUCUGAAGGAUGGCAGAUUUCUGUAAGUGUGGCAGUCUGGGAUAACCCGUUUGUCUUUUUUUUUUUCUGAAUUCUGGUUAAAAAAAAUCAUUCACGCCACAAUUUUUAAAAAACCAAAAAUUUCAGCAAAAAAAUGUACUUUUAUAAUUUUGCCUCGAGUAUUCUUCCUGCAAAGUUUGAUAAGGAGUUGGUCUACCUGAACAUGUCUAAAACCUUGCUAGUUAAGUAUGGUUUACUUAAUAUCCAGGUCAGAUGGCAGAAAAACGCUGCGAUCAGUCAGGUGGCGAUUGCUGGCGUUUUGCAUCAAAUCCUUCGUUGUGGUCAGACGUAUUGCAAGACAGGAGUUUUUAAGCUGAAUCAACCAGUCGGAAGCAGAUGCAGCUAGACGCAGGUUGAUGCAGUGCACAGAAAACCUUUAAAAAAAUAUAUAAGGCCAUAAGACUGUUCGCAGGUUGUUGUAAACUAUUUGCAGGUGCAGUCUGCGUCUACCUGUGAUGCAUCGCAGCCAUCUUUAAAGACUUGUCUUCCCCUGCAUCUAGAUGCCACUACCUGCUUCAACCUGUGAUUGGUUGCUCAAGCGUUGCACGACCGCCUGCCUCUACAUGCAUCAACCUGCUAUUUGCACCGAUUGGAAGCGAAUCACAGCUGAAAUGCGAACAGAUCGUGAUCCACCUGCAUCAACCUGCCAUCUGCAACACUGCCAUUAUCUGCGUUGUCGUGCAUCGACGCAAGACCAGUCUUGCGUCUACUUGCGAUAACAAAGUAGUUGAAAACUAAUUGUAGCCUGCCGUCUGACCUGGGCAUAAACAAUGUCACAAUUUGAUCAAAUUGUUUGAUGGGUAAAUUUGCCAAACUCUCAUAUAAAGCCAAGAUACUUGAGAUUCAUGCAAAAGGGAAACCGUUCAGGAAAACAAUGUAAUAGAAAAUGUCUAAAUUUCACCAUAUGAAAGGUUUUCCCAGGCUACCAUGCACUGGACAUGUUCAGAUUUAUUUUUGUUUUUUAAACUGUGGCCUUACACCAUUGGCGUCAUUAAGAAUUACACAUUUUCUUUAGAAUUAAAUCUUUCUUCAGUCCUGCAGAUAAAUUCAUGCAAUUGAUUUGUUCCCUAUACGGGCUUCCUUGUGUUUCCUCCACGUUGUCUCUCCUUUGCUGUACUGUAAUAUGCUGAAAAUUCCACUUCAUCUACAGCUUUGCAUGUACACUAAAUAAAACACUACAACCAACAUUUCACAUAAAUGUAGUUCAGAUAUUCAAAAAUAUUCUGAGUAGGAUGGUGUUUUUAUUUAUGUAUGUAUAUACAUCAACUACAAUA